GCGCCAUGGCGGAGGGCGAGGGCCUGGUCUCGGUGGACUACGAGGUGUCCGGCAGGGUGCAGGGCGUUUUCUUCCGCAAGUACACCCAGGGGGAGGCUAAGAGGCUAGGACUCGUUGGCUGGGUCCAAAAUACUAGCCACGGCACCGUGCAAGGACAAAUUCAGGGUCCACCGGCCAGGGUACGGGAGCUGCAGGAAUGGCUCAGGAAGGUAGGAAGCCCCCAGUCCCGCAUCAGCCAGGCAGAGUUCAGCAAUGAGAAGAAGAUCACGGCGCUGGAGCACAAGGACUUCCAGAUUUUGAAAUAACCUUGUCCAGGAAGAAGCCAAAGCUGAAGCAUGAGCUGCCCUCACACAACAUUGCCCCUCUUCCCCAUUUGUUCAGUCAGCCAAUAUGCAGCUCUAGAGAACUUUAUUUCAUUACAUUUUUAAUUUAUUGGUUCGUUGUACUGUUAGUCUAACUCUUGGCCUUUCACAAAAUUUUGGCAGGCAGAGGAAGAGCUGUGCUACCUUUAUUAAAUAAAGGGGUUGUUCAGGGACACAGUGUCUAUUUCUGAAUGUCUGUGCAGAGUGGCGUUUGAGUAGUCGUACGUGAGUAAAAUUCCUGAUUUGUAUAGCGUUGUGCUCACUUGAAGGAAAUCAGAGAAUCGAUGCUGAUAAGAAAAAUUGCUGAAAACGUUAUUUCUGGCUCUGAAUGCCUCAGAAACAACUUGCUUUG